AUGACGAAUUGCCUAGGGUUACGGCCUCGGGUGCAACGGCGUCGUUCAUCUACAUCGCAAUCUAACUACGAUAUCCCGGAUUCUUAUGCAAAUGUACCCGAGUUAGAGGAGAUAGCACCCAUCCCAAGCCGGGAUGAGCACCGCUUACGUUCUACCCCUUCGCUUGAAGGGGGGAGGACUAUUGAGCGUGAAUAUUCAUCUAAUCAAGAAGCCCAGCGGAGGAGAGGUGAAGAAGUGGAAACCGAGGAACCAAAGUUAGGAUAUGUGUCGCGAUUACCAACCGAGAUCUACACCAUCUCGUAUCUCAUCCUCUUCGCACUAUUUGGCACUCUCGCCCGAGUAGGACUCCAAGCCCUAACAUUUUACGCCGGGGCUCCUGUGGCUUUUAGCUCCGUAUGGCCCAACUUCGCAGGUAGUCUCAUCCUAGGCUUUCUAGCUGAAGACCGCAUGCUCUUCCGCUUCGAACGGGGCUCUCUGACCUACGAGUUGAAGCUCCUGCGGGCGAAACAAAAUGGUGUCGACGAGGAGACAGGCGGAUCUGGCUCAGAUAGGGUAGCUGUCGACCAAGCUGCUGUAAAGAAAGCCCAUAUGGCUACCAAGAAAACUAUACCGCUUUAUAUCGGUCUUGCUACUGGGUUUUGCGGCUCCUUCACGUCCUUCUCCUCGUUUAUUCGAGAUAUCUUCCUCGCUCUAUCUAAUGACCUUCUCGCACCAGACGCAGGAUCGAUCACUACUCCUCGAAAUGGUGGUUACUCAUUCAUGGCCGUCUGUGCCGUCAUCAUUACUACUAUUUCUUUAUCAAUAUCAGGCCUCUUCAUCGGAGCUCAGCUCGCGCUAGCCUUAGAGCCAAUCACACCUUCGCUUCCCUUCAACUUCAUCCGCAAAUUCCUCGACCGAUUCGCCGUCUUCCUCGCAUGGGGCUGUUGGGUCGGAGCCAUCCUCCUCUCUGCGCUCCCGCCAGACAGAUUUAGCAACCCCGGCGCAGCAGAAAUAUGGCGCGGUCGAGUAACCUUUUCCCUGGUGUUCGCGCCGCUGGGGUGUCUCGGACGGUUCUACACCUCUCUCUACCUCAACAGGUAUUUCCCUUCGUUCCCUCUCGGCACUUUCUUCGUCAAUAUAUUCGGCACUGCGGUCCUUGGAAUGACGUGGGACCUCGCGCACGUUCCCCUGGGCGGCGUCGUCGGCUGCCAGGUGUUGCAAGGCAUCGAGGAUGGGUUUUGCGGCUGCUUGACCACCGUGUCCACGUGGGUAGCCGAGCUAACGGCCUUGCGGAGACGACAUGCGUAUGUAUAUGGAGGUGCUAGUGUUGUGGCUGCGCUGGCUUGUAUGAUAGCUAUUAUGGGUGGUCUGAGAUGGACAGACGGCUUUAGCACGUUGGCUUGUUUGCAUUAA